GAAGAAGAAGAAGAAGAAGAAGAAGAAGAGCAGCCGUGUGAUUGGUCAUUGCUAGGGGACAGACAGCUUAAGAGCAGCCGCUGCUACAUCCUCAACUCCGGGUAAAAUAACAGCCUCGUUCCACCCCGUGUGUGGAGCCCCGUGCAGCCUUCACACAGCCGGUCCGAGCGGUGGAUGAAGCCAAACCAGGGGAGACAACGCUGCUGUGCGCCAUGAUAUAUAAUAUAUAAUAUAGCCCCCUCCCCUCUUCUGUCCUCAGCCGUUUGUUUAUCAGGUGUGGUGGACGGAGCGUGGAGAGGCCACUGGCUACGACUUCCGUGAUUAUACCCGAGAUCGAGAACUUCAAAGUGGCUGAAAUGGAUGAACAAAGUGUUGAGAGCAUCGCUGAGGUGUUUCGCUGCUUCAUCUGCAUGGAGAAACUGAGGGAUGCUCGCCUCUGCCCACACUGCUCCAAACUCUGCUGCUUCAGCUGCAUACGACGAUGGUUGACGGAGCAGAGAGCCCAGUGUCCACACUGUCGUGCUCCGCUCCAGCUGAGGGAGCUGGUCAACUGUCGCUGGGCAGAGGAGGUCACCCAGCAGCUGGACACCCUGCAGCUCUGCAGCCUGACCAAGCAUGAAGACAAUGACAAGGACAAAUGUGAGAACCACCAUGAGAAGCUCAGUGUUUUCUGUUGGACCUGUAAGAAAUGCAUCUGUCAUCAGUGUGCCCUGUGGGGAGGCAUGCACGGUGGCCACACCUUCAAACCUCUGGUGGAGAUCUAUGAGCAACAUGUGACAAAAGUGAAGGAGGAGGUGGCCAAACUCCGCCGCCGCCUCAUGGAGCUUAUCAGUCUGGUGCAGGAAGUGGAGAGGAACGUGGAGGCCGUCAGAGGAGCGAAGGACGAGAGGGUCCGAGAGAUCCGGAACGCUGUGGAAAUGAUGAUCGCUCGCCUGGACAACCAGCUCAAGAACAAACUCAUCACACUCAUGGGCCAGAAGACGUCGUUGACCCAGGAGACGGAGCUGCUGGAGUCUCUCCUGCAGGAGGUGGAGCAUCAGCUUCACUCCUGCAGUAAAAGUGAACUCAUCUCCACGAGCCCAGAGAUCCUGCUCAUGUUCCAGCAGGUCCAUCGGAAGCCCAUGCAGUCGUUCGUCACCACGCCGGUGCCUCCAGACUUCACCAGUGAGCUGGUCCCUGCUUACGACUCAAGCACUUUUGUUCUCAUCAACUUCAGCACCCUGAGGCAGCGGGCCGACCCAGUGUAUAGCCCACCUCUGCAGAUAUCGGGGCUCUGCUGGAGACUCAAAGUCUACCCAGACGGUAAUGGUGUGGUUCGUGGAAACUACCUGUCUGUAUUCUUGGAACUGUCUGCUGGACUCCCCGAAACCUCAAAGUAUGAGUACCGUGUGGAGAUGGUCCAUCAGGCCUCCAACGACCCGACCAAGAACAUAAUUCGGGAGUUCGCCUCAGACUUUGAGGUCGGUGAAUGCUGGGGCUACAACCGCUUCUUCAGACUAGACCUUCUGGCCAGCGAGGGCUACCUGAACAUGCAGACAGACACACUGGUCCUCUGCUACCAGGUUCGCUCACCCACCUUCUUCCAGAAGUGCAGAGAUCAGUACUGGUACAUCAGCCAGCUGGAGUCGGCCCAGAGCGGCUACAUACAGCAGAUCAACAACCUCAAAGAGCGGCUUGCCAUUGAGCUCUUCCGCCGUCAAACAUCGCGCAGCUCCUCGCCCCCUGACAUGAGGCUGGCUGCAGGCACCACAGCCUCAGAAAGAGACCCUCGCUCAGUGAAGAGUGACGAUGACAUCCAGACCACUUUGACCAACAUUAAAAAAGGCGAAGAAGAAGAAAGGACCCAGCAGGAUGACUCUAAUGAGCUGUCGGACGGUGACUUGGAGGUGGACUGUCUGACAGAGGAGGAGGUGAACCCGUUGGAUGGCAGCAGCACCUCGGGGAGCUCCACAGCCACCAGCAACACCGAGGAGAACGACAUAGAUGAGGAGACCAUGUCUGGAGAGAAUGAUGUCGACUUCAUUGGGAACCUGGAGACAGAAGAAGGGGAACUCCCUGAUGACUUUGCUGGAGCCACAGGUGGAUCCGGCUCCAGUGCACCGUCCUUACAUUGCAUUGCUGCCGGCGGUCGUAGUGCCGGAGCCGCUGCCUGUGGUGCCGUUGGACCUGGCAGCAACAGCCUGCUGGAGAUUGACCCGGUCAUCCUGAUCCAGCUGCUGGAUCUGAAGGAGCGCAGCAGCGUGGAGUCUCUGUGGGGACUUCAGCCUAGGCCUCCUGUGUCUCUCCUGCACAGCCAAGCUCACCCUCACUCUCGGAAGGAACGGGAGCGGCGGCCUCAGGUGGUGCGGCGAUCACCUCCAGACUCCGGGGUCCUGAUCCGCCUCAAGGCUCAGAUGGCCGAGGUCCGCAGCAAGAUGUCAGUCAAGAGUCAGGCUCUCGAGUCCCGGGGGUCCGCUGAGCACAGGCCUGGCCCAUCGGGGGCCUUCGGUGUGGAGGAGUUACCCUCUCACCACGCUGAUUCAGAGUUGUCAGCUUGUCGUAAGCCCAGCGAGCUGGACCUCCUGGGGAGAGCAGCUGCUCGGUCUAGGCCCUGUCGCCCUGCCCGGAAAUCUCUGUCCCCCGUCCUGGAGAGCAGCAGCUCUCUUCUUGUGAAGAGGAGGAGUCCAGAGGAGAUGGAGAAGGAGUUGAGAGGUGCAGAGGCCGCGAUGGAGCUUGGCCUGCAUCCGAAUGAGGCUCUGGGAACAGAGGGAGUGCUGAAGGCAGACAGUGCCCAGGGCCCCCUCGUGUCCCACAGCAGCUCCUCAUCAGAGCAGGCUUCCAUCUCCAAGCCACAGUACUCAGUGGAGCAACAGCUGUACGGGACCUCUGGGCCAAAGGGUGACAUCUUCUCCCUGGGAGGACCAAGCUACUUGACCGGCAACAAGACUUGUGGCAGUAGGACCCUGGGGGCAGCAAUGUUGGACUGUGAAUCUGAACGCUCAGGAAACUCCCAUCAGCCCUUGCUGGAGGGACCCUCUGCACAGCCACAGAUGAAGGAAGAUCAGUCGCCCUCUGUCUUGGUGGCGGCCACGAGCAGUGACAGUGACACGGAGGACGAGAACCUGCAGAGCAACAACUCUCGCAACGACAACAACACUCCUCCCUGCACAGGUGAGCAGCUUCUUUCAGAUGACAUGAGUUUUCCUGCUGACAGGUGAUUCCCUCCGACUCUGUCACUCGGUGGCCACACAGUGACGCAACACUGGCCGGAGACAACACACACACACACACACACACACACACACACACACACACACACACACACACACACACACACACACACACACACACACACACACACACACACACACACACACACACACACACACACACACACACACACACACACACAAACGCAAGUUACACACAGAUCCAUAAAGUAGAAGCCACUUCUACUUUAUGGAUUUAUGCAUGAACACAAUUCAUUGUCCAAAAACAGAGACACUGACUUUGACCAGUUGAUGAACGUUUCACACGACAGAUUCUAAAUCCUCGUGUUUCUGUUCAAACCCGGUGACUUGACUGGUCAGUGUCGACCUCAGUUUGAUGUUUGAACCUCCUGCAUUUUCUUGGUUGUCAAUAUUCAAAGAUGUAAUGUCAAGGGCGUGAAAACUUUAACUGUCUUUUCACUUUUCUUUUAAAACCUCACCUGUAAUAUUCUACCUGGGCUACAGGGAGUUAAGUCCAAGUAUCUGUAGCCUUGUCAAUAAGAGCUUAGUCUUUUAUAACAGUGUGCUGUUGUUAAACUCAGUCUGCUCUUCAGUGUCAACACCCACUCCACUUCCUCCAGCCGUGUCCCUGAGACUCCGCUCUUUCCUCAAACUGUUUUAGUGACGCUGCAGCUUAUUUAAUGCAUAAAUGCAGUGCUUCUUUUACUGAUGUAAAACCUUUAAUUGUUAAUAUUUAUGUAAAUGUCUUCACUCUUAACAACAGUCGCAGCAGCAACCGGAGUGUUUGUUUGACAUUUGAAAAGGCUAAAUGAUCACAGAAUCACAUGGAUUAUAAAACGUCUGCUUUCUUAAACUUUGGAUUAUGCUGCACAUCUGACGCCACGAUGACGAAGAUGUCCAUGCAGGUAUUUUGGUUCGACGUGUCCGGUCAGACGGUUGUUAAAUACUAAAUUAAACUGUCCUGCUCUGUACAGGUGGAAAGUUUGGCCAUACCUUUAAUACAUGUCUUAUUUACUUAAUGUGAGAGUCAGUAUGAUCAAUACCAGGACCCUGCCGCCGCACCAGUACAACAGAGGUCUGCAGUAUAAAAUGUCAACAACAAGAGUGAAAAUGUCCAUCAUAAUUUCCCUGAUCCCUGGUUGACAUUUUCACACUGUCCAAAAACCAAAUAUGUUCCAUUUGAAAUCAUAAAAAAGUAAGAAAACAAGAUUCUGGACACAAAUGAUGAGAAUAUCAAUUGUUACAAAUUGAUUUUUUUGUGAUUUCUAUUUUGUUAGUCGACCUCUGAAAAAAGACGAGGAUGUUACAAAGAACAACAACAGCUUUAUCAGAAAUUUGUCAGACCCUUGAUGAAAACUGUUGAUGCUUUGUUCUGUGUACCGGCAAUAUGAACUUCAUAAAUCAUAUUCUAUUUAGCUUUUAGUGUAUUUGGUGAGGAGGCGGACAUUUCAGAUUGAAACAAAAACCUUUAUAUUAAACAAAAACUCUGAAUUUUGAGAGACUGGUGGAGCAAAGAGACCCUCAGGCUCAGUUGACUUCUGGUUCAAACUACGGUGCAUUAAAGGUCAUUUGUAAUUCUCUGAGAAAAUCUGUCUUAAUAAUUGAACUCUGCGCUGAGAGCUCACACCUCCACUGUUUUUUUUCUCUCAUGGAUAUAUAUUUUUUUAACCUUAAUGUUUCUAUAAACGAAGCUAACACAAGGCUGCUGCUGCCAGACGGUUUUAAUUACAGGAGAAAACACAGUGUUUAAGUGGGAGAACACGGAGGACAAGGGAACAUGGUGUGUGGAAGUGGAGCAGUUGAACAGACCUCUCUGCACUUUGUCGCACUGUUGAUUAACUCUGAAGUGGACACUUUCCUCCUCAAUGAGCCAUAUCUUCUUUUGAAGGCCGCUCCAUGUUUUCUUUUCAGAUAAAGGAACAUGACUUUUGCUUAUUGUACAGUCGUUAGUUUACAGUGUAAAUAUCUUGGCAUAUGAAGGUUUAAGAGCUUGCUGUACUCGAGCCUGUAAGUGCGUGGCUUUAUUGGCUGCUGUUGACAGACGAAGGUCGUCGGGAUUGAAGCUGACAUUUGAAAUAAUUCGCCUCUGCUGUUCCAGUACAGUUGAUCUUUGGAUUUUUUUCCCCUUCUGUUACUGUUUCUUUACAUGUUCGUGUGGUUGACGGAGGCGUGGGGAAACGGCAGCCACGUUCACACGUUAGUUUAUUCAACUUUCCUCUUAUUUUGUGCUUGUUGUGUCAAAAUCUGCGUUUGUUUUGAAUGUUCACAGAACGUACGGUGCAUAAUUCAAUAUGUACAUUUCCUUUUUGUGGAAUAAAUAAAAUGUUUUACGAUCCCAAA